AGUCUCACCUCCUUCCUCCCUCUCUCCCUCUCUCCCCCCUCCCCUGUCACAGCUGUAGCUCUCUGUUCUUCUCUUGGGUUUCUGUGCUAAUUAUGUGAGUCCUGGGGGGAGGUUGGUGGAGAGAGGCGCACAAAGCAGCUCAGACUCCGAACGACUCAGGGACCAGCGCAGCAGCUUCUCUCUGUGUCCAAAUCAGAAGAGCCGAGAGCGGAAUGUGAGCGUCUGGAACUGGGAUGCAUUGCAUGGAGCUGCAUUCAUCAUAAGACUGAAAACUUGCCACUGCUCUGAGUGGCUGAAGACAGGAGUCCGACUUCAGAAAGUGAGGAUGAGGUUGCUAUGGAAACUGCUCGUGUUUCCCUGGUUCGUGUGUCUUGCAGAUGAGCUGACUCUGCAGGGCCCGUUCUUCACUCAGGAGCCCGCCAAUAUCAACUUCCCUUUGGAUUCAGAGGACCGGACAUUGAGACUAGUUUGUGAAGUACAGGGACAUCCCAAACCUGUCGUAAGAUGGAGAGUGAAUGGAACUCUUAUGGACGAAGCCCAAGAUUACCGGUACCGUGUUCUGGACAGGAGCUUGAUUAUUGCAUCUCCAGACAGAAACAAGGAUGUUGGUACUUUCCAGUGCGAGGCCACCAACUCGUUGGGGACCAUCCUUAGCCGGGAGGCUUAUGUUCAGUUUUCAUAUCUCGACUCAUUCCAAACAAGAACCCGCAGCACAGUAUCUGUACGAGAGGGGCAGGGAAUGGUGCUGCUGUGUGGCCCCCCUGCUCAUUCCGGAGAGCUGGUUUAUGCGUGGAUCUUUAACGAAUACCCGCCAUUUAUACAGCAGGACAACCGACGCUUUGUGUCACAGGUUACUGGGAAUCUUUACAUCGCCAAGGUGGAGCCUUCUGAUGCUGGCAACUACACCUGUGUUGUUACAAACACCGUCACCAACACUCGGGAACUGGGGCCCAGCACCCCUCUCACCCUUAGGACUGAUGGCGUGAUGGGAGAGUAUGAACCCAAAAUUGAAGUGCAUUUCCCUGAGUCUGUCCCGUCGGCCAAAGGCUCCACUGUCAAGCUGGAAUGUUUCGCUUUGGGAAAUCCUGUACCCACAAUUACCUGGAGGAGGGCAGAUGGCAAAACAAUCUCACGCAAAGUACGGAGGCACCGCUCCAGCGGGGUACUGGAGAUCCCUAAUUUCCAGCAGGAGGAUGCGGCUCCAUACGAGUGUGUCGCUGAGAAUACACGAGGGAAGAACAUGGUGCGAGGGCAACUCACAUACUUUGCCCCUCCUACCUGGGUUCAGAAGAUUAACGAUGCUCACAUAGCCAUCGAGGAGAACAUUCUCUGGGAAUGCAAAGCUAGCGGGCGCCCUAAGCCCUCCUACACGUGGCUCAAAAAUGGGCAGCGCCUGCAGAGCAAAGGACGCCUACAGAUUGAUCACGGAAGCCUCACAAUCACAUCUGUCAAUAUUUCUGACUCCGGCAUGUAUCAGUGCUUGGCAGAAAAUAAGCACGGGACCAUUUAUUCCAGUGCUGAGCUGAGGGUUAUUGCUGUGGGUCCUGACUUUUCCAAGGGGUUUGUAAAGAGAGUCACCUUGAGUAAGGUUGGGGGCUCGGUCCUUAUUGAGUGCAAACCUAAAGCAUUUCCCAAACCCAGCAUCACUUGGAAGAAGGGCAAGGAACUGCUGAGGGAUAGCUCCAGAAACUCAAUCUUGGAUGAUGGGACUUUGAAGAUUUCCAACCUGACUAAGGCAGAUGCUGGGAGUUACACCUGCACUGCCAGCAAUCACUUUGGAACAGCCAGCAGCACAGGGACCCUGGUGGUCAAAGACCCUACACAGGUUCUGGUGCCACCAUCGAGUAUGGAUGUCACGGUUGGCGAAAGCAUUGUUUUGCCCUGUCAAGUAUCCCAUGACCAUUCAUUGGAUAUUUCCUUCUCCUGGGUCUUCAACGGGCAACUCAUCGACUUCCAGAAAGAUGGAGAGCAUUUUGAACGUGUGGGGGGACAGGACUCAGCAGGCGAUUUAAUGAUCAGAAGCAUCCAGCUGAAGCAUGCUGGGAAAUAUAUCUGUCUUGUCCACACGAGUGUUGACAAACUGUCUGCCGGAGCAGAUCUCAUUGUGAGAGGUCCUCCUGGGCCACCAGAUGCUCUCACCGUGGAAGAGAUCACAGACACAAAGGCUCAGUUAUCCUGGAUGCCUGGAGUGGACAACCACAGCCCCAUCAUCAUGUACUCGGUACAGGCUCGGACCCCCUUUUCAGUGGGGUGGCAGGCAGUCAGCACAGUUCAUGAAGUGGUGGAUGGAAAAUCAUUCUCAGCCGCUGUGAUUGGGCUGAGCCCUUGGGUGGAGUAUGAGUUCCGUGUCAUUGCUAUCAAUGAGAUUGGCAUUGGAGAGCCCAGCCCCCCAUCAGACAAGAGGAGGACAGAGGAAGCAAUGCCUGAGGUGACCCCUGCCAAUGUCAGUGGAGGAGGAGGCAGUAAGGGUGAGCUUGUCAUCACAUGGGAGCCUGUACCAGAGGAGUUGCAGAAUGGCGGAGGGUUUGGGUAUGUAGUCGCGUUCCGUCCAUUCGGAACUAUUAGUUGGAUGCAGACGGUGGUGGCAUCAGCCGACUCUUCCCGAUACAUUUACAGAAAUGAGAGUCUCCCGCCUUUCUCCCCGUAUGAAGUCAAGGUUGGAGUGUACAACAACAAAGGAGAAGGACCUUUCAGUCCAUUGACUGUAGUGUACUCUGCAGAGGAAGAGCCAGGCCGGGCCCCAGCAGGGGUCUUUUCUCGGAGUCUGACUGCAUGGGACAUUGAGAUGUCAUGGAUAGCUGUCCCUGGGAGCCUCAGCAAAGGAAGGAUUCAAGGUUAUGAGGUCCGUUACUGGAAGCAAAAUGAAAAGGAGCAGAAUGCCCGCAAGCUUCGGACUCUAGGAAAUCAAACCUCCACCAAACUGAGCCAUCUUCAGGGCCAUACCCUGUACCAUCUAAAUGUACGGGCCUACAACAGUGCAGGGACCGGCCCAGCCAGCACUACUGUUAAUGUGACCACCAGGAAACCACCUCCAAGUCAGCCACCAGGAAAUAUCAUCUGGAACUCCUCAAACUCCAAAAUUAUCCUAAACUGGGACCAGGUGACAGCGCAGGAAGAUGAGUCCGAGGUUAAAGGUUACAGAGUUCUCUAUAGGUGGAACAGGCCAGGUGGAGCAUCUGUGAUCGAGACCAAUCAGACAUCAGUGGAGCUGUCCUUGCCAUAUGAUGAGGACUACAUCAUUGAGAUCCGAACCAUCAGUGAAGGAGGAGACGGCAGCAGCAGUGAACCAAUCCGCAUCCCUCGGAUAUCCAACGCUUAUGCACAAGGAUCAGGUGCUUCCACGUCCAAUGCCUGCACCUUAUCUGCCAUUAGCACCCUAAUGAUCUCCCUCACUGCGCGCUCCAGUUUAUGACCUCGAGCCUCUCAGACUCGUAGAGAAGCCCAUCUUAUUCCUGGAGAAUGGACACCAGUUCUGCUCUACAAGUGACGGCUCCAUAUGGAAUAUCCUGAGAUUUCCCUCAGCUUCUGAGCUUCCUCCUCUCCCUACGGGGAGGAUCUUAUGCACUGACGACAUCUGGAAUACGAUGUUACCAAAGCAGUUUACAUGCCGUAUAUGCAUAUUUUUUAUUAUUAUAUAUCUAGUGUUUUAUAGAGUUUUUUAAAGUUAACAUGAUGUAGAUAUAUACGUUUUUUGCUGUAAAAUGCUGCAGGUGACUCAUAUGAUUCUCUUCUGUCCUUUCAGUCUUACCCAGGGAUAACUAGCCCGUGGUCUUCCUGAACUCCGACCCUUAGCAUCCCGGUGGUCCUUGCUGAGAGUUGGAGUUCAGAAGCAGCAGGUGCUGUCUGAGCCACAGGAUGGAGAUCCCUGCCUUAAAUAAGUUUAUUACCCUGGGAUGGGCAUCUUUUAUAUGUUGCACUCUUCCGAUCUGUUUCACACGCCCUGAUCCCUUUUCAAAGAAGGAGUGUUGUUAAAUUAAAAAUGAUGUCAUAAACAAUGUUUUCCAGCAAGCUUGUGUGCACCACAGGUUCUCUGGUCUGGUCCUUCUGCAGAAAGGGCCACAAAAACCUUUAAUGUUUGAGUGAAACAAGGGCCUUAGUUUGGUUUCUUCUCUGGGAACGUCAGUCAUAUAUAAUUUCCAGCUGUAGAAUAAACAGGGCAAGGAGGGUAGGAGCCUGCUCAAUAGAAGUAUCUGUGUUUACGGGGCUCUAGGUCCCUAGGCGCCCUUUGGUCCGAUGAAGUGACAAGUCAAGUUCAGUGAGAUGUAAAUCUCAAGGAUAGAGAAAGUUGUAAUUGUUUCAGCUAAAAACAAAUGUAUGAAAUAUAUCAUUGAGCCUAGGGGGGUUGUUAAAGGGAAAGUAUAGCAUAAGCACAAGUUGCUAUAAUAUGAAUGAGAAUUUAGUACCUUUGCGAAAUAUAUAUAUAUAUUUUUUCUGCCAUUAAUUAACUAAGAAAGUUAGUUAUUUGCUGAUUCUUUGGGACAAAGUGUCUUACUAUUGUACGUAUCACUUCCAGUCCUUCAUAACAGGAAGCUAUGCCUGACCUCCUAUUGUAAGGCAAUUCCAAAACACAUCAAGAAAUGGCUUAAAGGAGAACUGUCAAUAAACAUGCACCAAAACUGUUGUGGAUGUUUAAUCAUUUUUUUCCACAAUUUUUUUUAUGUCUUUUCGGUAGGUUUGCCACCUUUUAGCCCAUCUAACUCCAGGCUGUGAUGUAAUGGGGGGUGGGGCACGACAUGGGAUUGAUCAUGAGAUCAGGGGUGGGGCUGUGAUGCUGCAAUUGCACACUGAGGCAAUCAUAGGAAAUCCUGCCCAGUUUUCCUAAUUUGGAAAACCAGGCAGGUUUGACCCAGACAGCCCUUCAAAAACUGGGCUGUCCGGGCCAAAACCGGACUGGUGGCAACCCUGCUUUUCAGAUAUAAAGGGUUUAUUGAUGUGAUUCCUCAACCUUUGCUCCUAUGAACAACUUAACCAUGCUGUGUGUCAGUGGGACAAAUCUCUGGAAUCAUCCAAUUAGAUCAGGAGAAAUGUGUCAGCGACUCACAGCAUGAGCGUGAUGUUUGUAAAUGUUAGGUUGAGCAGCUCACAGAUAAACAACUGCAAAACAAUUAAUAUUAAAGAUUAAAUACCAUUAUUAAACAUCCACUACAGUUGUUGUGUAGUAAUUUUUUUCAUUAUACCAACAGAUCUGCUUAAAAAAAUGUCUCAAGUGCAAACAAAGUGUUCUCCCUCAGUCAUCACAUGUACUUUUAAUCUCUUUUGUUCCUUAAAAGCAAAAAAAAAUGAAAUAAAUAUUUAUGAAUGUUACUACAUAAUCUCUCGCAUAGGAGCAAGAUGUUCCUUAACUAGAGUUUUUUUUUCCUUUACGUAUCAAUGGUGUCGUGAUAGAGAAUAAGGCUUAGUGGAGGAGGAAAUGGACUUUUCAGCUGCUGUUGAUGCAAAAAACUUUUUCUUUAAAUUAAAAAGUUGCAUAUGUUUUUCGCUA